UGUCUUUUGAGAUUCAGUUGGAGUUUAUUAGUGCAACCGAGAGGAUGAUUUGCGUGAUAAAUCGUGGAAAAUUUAUUCAAAUUUUCGUAGCUGCAAUUGCAUGUUUUCCGGAAUUCCUUGGUGGUGUGUACACAGCAUGGACAUCCCCGAUGAUCAGAGUUUUCCUAUCUGAGGAAACUCCCCUCGAGAGUGGCCCCAUGACUAAGGAGGAGGUCUCUCUGAUGACGUCCUUCCUCUAUAUUGGAGCUUUUAUGGGUUCCUUCGUGGGUGGAUGGUUGGUGAAUGCAAUUGGGCGAAAAUGGAGCUUUAUUGUUUCCAUGAUGCUUCAACUAAUUGGCAAUACUCUGAUUAUUCUUGCCACAACGCCACUUCUUCUGUACAUCUCAAGAAUAUUCGGUGGAUUCAUCAUCGGUGCAACAUUCGUUAUUCUGCCCAUCUUCAUAGCGGAGAUUACUCAAAAAAGCUUAAGAACAACUCUUGGGAAUUUUUUCGGUUUGAGCGCCAGUAUUGGUAAUUUAUUGGGAAAGAGUUUGACGACUUUUGGCUUCUAUGUUGUACCUGCUACAUCAAUCGUGUGCGCCCUUAUCUUUAUUGGAUGCUUCAUAUUGUUUCCCGAUACCCCGGAAUAUCUUCUAUUGCGCAAUAAACCAGAAGAUGCGGAAAAAUCUCUAAGAUUCUACAGAGCUGUACCCAAAGAUAAGCCAUUCCCGGAAGAUGCUGCUGAGGAAUUUGAUGAGAUGAAGAAGGCAGUUAGUUUGAGAAAUUCCAACACUAAGGUCACCGUUAAGGACUUUAGUGGCCCGACAACAAUACUGGCCAUCAUUAUAACUUUCGUCAUGACGAGCAAUAUAAACUUUACGGGGAUUCGUCUAACAACAUCCUUCACGGCAACAAUGCUAAAGGGUACUGGAGUAACAAUUGAUAUCCCAUUGACGGACAACAUCAUCUGUGUUAUGCAAAUAUUGGGUUCCAUUGCUGCAAUCUACAUUGUUAAAUGGUUAAGAGUUCGCUCAUCCUUCCUCAUCUUCUACAUCCUGAGCAUUGGAACUUUCUUCGGUGCAGCAAUUCAAUAUUUUCUCUAUGAAAGUGGCCACGAUAUGACCCCCUACACGUGGUCUUUUGUAGUCUGCAUUGUCUUGGUUGUAGUGAUCCCAUCAACAGUAAUUAACAACUUGUCCAUGAGUGCUCCAUCGCAGAUUCUUCCGCUAAAAAUUCGUGGCUCAGUUUUGGGAUUCCUCAACACUCUAGGGCUGGGAGUGGCUUUCUUUACAAUGCAAUACUACCUCUAUCUUGUGGAUACCAUUGGGAAUUCCAUGGUAAUGGCUAUCAUGGGUUUAUGGUGCUUAUUUGCGCUACUUUUUAAUUGUUUCUUCGUCCCUGAAUUUGAGAAUAAGACCUACAGUGAGAUUGUCUAUGCACUGAACCAUAAACUACCUAGAAGAUUUAGGCUGAUCCCAGAUAGGGAGCAACCUUUGGAUCAUUCUUGAGUAUUCUAAAAAGAGUCAGUAUGAUAAUUUUGAGGCAAAGAAGAUAACCUUUGAAUAUCCUUCUGUAAUAUUUUCUAAUUCUAAUAAAAUUAUAGAUAAAAAUCAA